AUGCAAUCUUCACCAAUCACCUCAUCGCCCUACUGUGCCAAUGUUCGGCGCAAAGAGGAAGCGCAUAUCAGUAUUAUCAGCUAUAGCAGGUGCUGUGCUGACUUGAUUAGCGGGCGUGCGAUAGGUGUCACAAGCUGGGUCGCAAGUGCGCUCAGGCGAAAGGCGGUGUCUGUCAACCGUGUGUCGACCACGGUGAUGAGUGUACCUACAACCGACCACAAGGGAAGAGAGGGCUACUGCUUCUUCUCGUGGCCCCACCUCACAGCCGACAUCAAGGCGCGACGACACGAAACGGAUCCUGCGUUCCAGGCGACCGUCUUGGCCAUGUGCGCCAUUGUCGCAGCUCGGAUCCGCGAUGGCGCCUGCAACCAGCUCCUCGUUCUGUCAGGCAACCUGAAUCCCGACGCAGAAGAACUGCAGCGAGCAGCAAACGCGGCUGCACCAGCCUUACCGUUGAACAGACCUCCCGCGUUUGACGACUUGCGAGCGGCCGCGCUUCUUACUGUUCUCGCAAUGCAGAACGGUGGACUUGAAGAGAUCCAUACGACGCUGGGGCGAUACAUCACACUAUCAGCUCUCUUGGACUUUCACGACGAGCGCAAGUGGCCUGCAGACCUUGCAGAGUGGCAGCUAAACGAGCGGCGAGCAUUGUACUGGUCGACCUACACACAAGACGUCUUUGUGGCUUCAGUGUGGGGAGGUGUAGUCCGUCACCGCGACUCGCACAGCUUUGUCGAGUACCCAGACUGGCACCUCGACUCUGGCGUGAGUCCUCGGCCUUCUGGGUCUACUGAACUUUCUUGGACCGAAGGAUGGAACGUGGUCACCGACUUUUACCGGACAAUGGACAGGAUCAUGGACGCAGCCGCAGCAGACGUGCGGUGGAACAUGCGCAGGCGACCCCCAGACCUUCCCAUCCCGUUCUCCCCGCCAGGGCCGUUGCAAGUGCCGGCAGCGUGGACGGCCGUGGGUGACAUGUACGGUUCGCUACCGUCCAUCUUCAAGCACGCUGCGCCACUCACGGGCAACUUGGGUCGGGACAUGUACAGCUUUCAGGCGGCCAACCUGAAUGUUACUCUACAGGCUGUCAAAAUGUCCAUUGCCUGCUCUCACCCGAUGAGUAUGGCGGAACGUUGCGCGGUGGCUAGUGAGCUACUGGACUCUCUUGCCCAGAUCCCGACGGCCUACAUGCUGGCCAUUAGCGCUCCAUUUGUGAGUUUUUCAGUCCCUCAUGCACAACUGACAACCAGCUUCACCAACUCGGCGGGGUCGCAAGUCUGCUGGGAAGCGUGUCUCGCCUUUGGUAACCUCCUCGCGGGACUAGAGACCUCCCUCACGGCGCCGUCCAUCAUCAGCAAGCGCCUGUUCGACCACGUCGCUCGUAUCGACGCAUUCAUGCAGAACGCAGCAGGCAUCUCCGCUCUGCCGGAUGACGACUUGCACACUGGAGGGGGUACCGCGACGGGCCUACAGUCUACUCCCGGUGACGCGUCGCUGCCUUCUGGUCUCUGCACGCCCGUGUUACUGCUGGACGGAGUGGACACGGCGGACGACACUCAGCCACCGGAAAUCAGUGGUGAAGUCGCCGACAUGGUGUUUACUUUGCCAGACGAUAUCCUGCAGUUCUGGCCGUUUGAAGACGACCAGCCGUUGGUGCUGGAUAGCUUCUUCCGCGCACAGUGA